AUCCCUGUCUGCUCAGAACGAUGUCCACCAGCUCGACACCCCCUCUGUCCCCUCUUCAAUCCUUCAAUGAUACUGCGAAUUCGCUACUGGUCUUUGACCGUUUCCCUGUCGAGGUCUUUGACGUCGUCUUCGACUUUGUGCGCAUCGAGGACGAACGAGGACGAACGGACAAGAGAACGCUCUUCUCGUGCUCGCGCGUUUCAAAGGCGUGGCACAGCCUCACCCUGCGCCAUCGCUUCCACUCCGUCUCGCUCUUCGCCAGGACAGGGAACCCGUACGAGCAGCGCAUACGCAAAAACUGCUUCCUGCAAGACUUUGUUCGUUCCCCUCUGUUCCCCACCGUUCAAAGCUACAUCCAGAGGCUCACCUUGCGAUGGGGAAUAGCCGACCUCGACCCAUACAUUGGCGCAGAUCUUCCCGGGUACCUGCCCCUUUUCCCUGCCCUCCGCUCUCUCAAGCUCAGAGGCCUGCUGGGACGACGCAUUCCUGCACCCCCACUGCAACACCCUCCCGUUCUCGAUUCGCUAUGCAUCGAAGGCUGGGUGUGCCAUGCCCGCUCGCACGAUCCGCGGGUCCUCUUCGACGUCCUGUCCUGCUUCGACUCGAUCGGAGAGCUGCAGCUCGAAGACCUCUGUCAAUGGCUCCCCGCCGACGGGCUCGAGCUCGGAGAAAACGAACACCCACGCGUGUCCUCGCUUGUGCUGCGCGACUCCACGUGCCAGCAUCCGGUAUGCGACAUCCUCGAGUCCGCCAUCGCCCACGAGAAGCCCCUCCGGCGGCUCGACCUGCGCGCGCUCAGCAGCACGGACGCGCGAGGCGGCGUCGACCUCCUCGAGUCCUUCUCGCGCACGAUCGAAGACUUUCAGUGCGCGAUCUCCUCUACAGGUGACACCGUGUCCUCGCAGGCAGACGCGUCGCCCCCCUUCGACUUCUCCCAGCUCCCGCUCCUCCGCACCCUCACCGUCGCCGUCGCGCUCCCCCUCUCGCGCACGCGCGCCCGCUCCGUCGGCGGCGGCGAAGACCUCGACAAGGCCGCGCCCUGGGAUCGCGCCAUCGCGUCGCUCGACACGCUCCGCGCGCGCGCACGCCCGUCCGGAGCACUGAAGCUCCUGCGCCUGCAGCUCGCGCCGGCGCGCGCGCUCGCGGACAAGGCGCAGACGGCGGCAAGCGUGCUCGAGGCACUCCGGCGGCACGACGCGUCGGUGCGCGCCCUCGAGCGCGCGCUGCUCGCGCUCGUCGAGGCGCGGUGCGUGCAGCUCGUCCAGAUCGGCGUGUACACUGCGCCGCCUGCGAGUGGCCUCCGCGGGGCGUGCCAGCAUCGGUGCGACGAGUUUGUGCUGGGGCUCUUCCCGAAGCUGCGCCAGGCAGGUGUCCUGCGUGCGUAGAGGCGGCGCUUGGUUGGGAUUGGGAUUGGAUCGGGUCUGUCGCUUCCAGCGUCGUGCUGCUACCACUAGAGCAUAGAUGUAAGCUGUGCGCACCUUCUCGUGUACAGCAACUGGCCACGUCUGUGCGCCUCAUAUAUUACUAGACUUGAUCUUCAUACAAGUGAGAGCUCGCGGGUUCGCAGGCCGGGAGCAGUGCUUGGAGGUUGCAUCGUCAU